CAUAUAUCGAAUCGCAUUUCAUGCAUUCGUCUCUCAUUACUCCUGACUAAACCGUGGGAGGAUCAUGGCUUCUCUCCUCCAAGCCCUCGGCGACUUCCCUCGUCGCCUUGCGGUGUUCCUUGACCGCCCAGGCUUCCCGUGGAAGAGACUGAUCCUGGGAUUUUCUCUCGGUCAAUAUGUGCUCGAAGGUCUCCUCUCAUUAAGGCAGUACAAGGUGCUGCAAAAGAAGAAGCCGCCGAAGACGCUGGAAGAUGAAAUCUCCCAGGAUGUUUUCGACCAAAGUCAAGCAUAUGGUCGCGCAAAGGCUAAAUUUGGCUUCGUCUCCGGCCUCUACUCCCAAAUCCAAAACGUCCUCUUCAUUCAAUACGAUGUCUUACCUAAGCUCUGGUCGUUGACAGGUCUCUGGCUGGCCCAUUACUUUCCCAGUCGAUUCUCCGGCGAGAUUUCCCAUUCGGUGCUCUUCUUCUUGACCUUCAGUUUUAUCUCUCAGAUUUUGGCGCUGCCGCCUUCGUACUACAGCACUUUCGUUCUGGAAGAGAAGUUCGGUUUCAAUAAACAAACUGUCAAGUUGUGGAUCACGGAUAUGCUGAAGGGCCAGGCGUUGAUGGUCGCAUUGGGGACGCCUUUGCUCAGUGCCUUUCUCAAGAUCAUCCAGGUGACGGGCACAAGGUUCUUCUACUAUCUUUGGCUCUUUGGGAUUGUCGUGCAACUCUUCGCUAUCACGAUUUAUCCGAUCUUUAUCCUCCCUCUGUUCAACAAGCUCUCUCCUCUCGAACCUGGAGAACUUAAAUCUGGAGUGGAGGCAUUGGCGCAGAGGCUCAAGUUCCCCCUGAAAUCGCUUUACGUCAUCGAUGGAAGCAAACGGAGUGCGCAUAGCAAUGCGUACUUCUUCGGGCUCCCGUGGAAGAAACACAUUGUCAUUUACGAUACUUUGAUCGAAAAGAGUGAGCCUCAAGAAGUAGUGGCGGUCUUGGGUCAUGAGCUAGGACAUUGGAGUUUGGCGCAUACCACAAAACUGUUCGCCAUUGCCCAGUUCCACAUGUUCUAUAUCUUCGCACUCUUCAGCGUCUUCAUCGACAACAACUCGCUCUACUCCUCUUUUGGCUUUUACGAUUCUCAUCCCAUCAUUAUCGGCUUCAUCUUGUUCUCGGACGCCCUCGCUCCAAUGGACGCCGUGGUGAAGCUUUUGAUGAAUGUACUCUCUCGAAAAUUCGAAUUCGAAGCCGACGCAUUCGCCACUAGAUUAGGGUACGAAAAGGAGUUGGCACGGAGUCUGAUCAAGUUGCAAGUGCAGAAUCUGAGUACUAUGGAUGCCGACUGGAUGUAUGCGAGUUAUCAUUACAGUCAUCCCAUUCUGGCGGAAAGAUUGGCUGCGCUGGGGUGGAAGAGUUCGAAGCCGUCAACAGCGAACGGCAAGGUCGUCGAGUUGGAUGAGAAAGUUGCCGAUUCGGAUGUGGUCAAGGCGAGCCAGAGGGAGCUGUGAUUACCAGUGUUUGUUCUCCUUUAUUGAAGGCGUACUUCUGUUGUUGACCGGGUAUGCCUCCCUUAUCGACUUGUCGACCUUCAACUCAGGUUACGAUCUUGAAGCAGCCGGAACGUAAGAGGCGGCGGACGUGGAGAAAGCAGGCUUGGCCCAUCGUUUGUCUCGGAAAGGCAGACGGAAGGCAAUGGAAUGGAAUUGCUAGAUCACAGUCGGCACGGAAUUCUGGCUCGCUUGCGGUCUGGAUUUGUCGAGCGAGUCUGUGUCUGUGAACGCAGACAGCGGAGUGGAACAACAGAGUCGAUUCGUGUCACAAUGAGGACGCAUCAUUCCAUAUGUCAUACUAGUUCAACAUCGGGGAAAGAGAGGGGGUCUGAAGUCACAGAUCUGAUGGCACAUGCCACCAAUCUAAGGUCCUCAGCCAUCCUUGCUCACAGCACACAGCAGCAGAGAUAUGCCGCUCAGGGUGCGGCUGCUACUCCAGAGAUUGAACACGCGAAAGGGGCUUCAAUUCCAGACCCGACAAUCGUACGUGUCGACUCUGCUGAAGUUUAAGAGGACCAGCACAUUAGUCCAGCGGCGUACCUCGAUUGGCAAUUGGACAGCCAGAUUCGCACAGACGAAGGAUAGCGAGGCACAAAAGGUGCCUUACAGUGUGCUCAAGAUCCAGUUCAGGCUUCAUGGAGAUAUAUAGCACCUCGACGACCAACUGCGUUCAUGAACUUGUCAAAGCUUGUGGAGUUGGCUGGAUGAUCCACGGUGCGUUUACAUUGACUCCGAGGAAACUAGACCCAGCUCUGCACGCAAAAGCAGGAUCAUCAGCGCCUAUUUUAGUAGAUAACGGUGGACUUUAUGCCUUUGGAGAGCGUAUGAUAUUGGAUGCUGGCUCCAUGGCCG